UUUCAGCUGAAAUGCCCCGAAUUCCAACUCUAGAAGUCCGAGAAUAGUUUUUCUCACUGGGAAACUGAAAAAGUGGGAGUUUAUGGGGUUUGUUCCUGGACUUCCCCAGCCCCUUAUAAGGUAGUUUUUCCCCCCCGGGUGGUGGGAGGGUGGAACCGGGUGCGCGCUCUCAGAGGGACGUGAUGGCCGGUCAGGUCGGCAGACGCGGUCGCCCACAUGUGGAGGCAGGAGUCAGCUGAGAGCCGUUGGUGUGCGGUGCGGGCACCGAGCUGUGAGUGGGUGCGUAAGGAUGUAAAACCAGCGUGGUCAGGAGCCACUGAAAAGAAGAAGAUUAGUCAUCCGCUGAGGACCAUGGCCGCCUUCCAGCUGCUCUUCCCGCUGUGGGCCAGCUGUGUGGCCGCUGCCGCACAUCCUUCCAGGCACAUCGCUCCAUGCCAAGUUGUCCAGACGGAUGUGUUCUGCAGCGAUCUAAGUCUCAGAAGCGCACCACUCAACCUUCCUCAGGGAGUCCAAAUGCUGGAUCUUUCUCGAAACCAGGUUCAAAACCUCUCAUUGGAAACUUUAGGCUUUCACACCGGCCUUCACCAACUGAACCUUCAUUCCAACAAGAUCCACUUCAUCCAGCCUGGACUCUUCAAAGACAUGAAGGAUCUGAGAGUCCUGGAUCUCUCCCGGAAUCACCUGAAUGUUUUCGCACUCUCCAAAAUAAGCGUUGGACCUCUCGCGGCUGUGGAGUCAUUGGAUCUUUCAAGCAACGGGUUGUACACGGGUAUGUCAGACUACUUCCUGGCUGAAUCCCCAUGUCUGGCAAACCUUUCACUGGACAGCAACAGCAUCACAAAAAUAGCACAGAACACCUUCAGUCGAUCAUCAUCUUUGAGGAAAAUUAGUCUCCACAACAACGUCAUCCUGGAGAUAGAAGAUGGAGCUUUUGACUCUUUGGAUCAUCUAACUGAGCUCGAUUUGUCUAAGAAUUCAAUCACCUGCAUCAUAGACUUCAAUCUUUACAACUUGGAGGUCCUCAAUCUCAGCAAGAACAGCAUUGAGUUUUUCCAGAGUGUAAAGUCAGAUCACUCCUUUAAGCUUCGCUCUCUGGAUCUGAGUGAAAACAAAAUGCUUUACUUCCCUCUCCUCCCAGAAAAGAAUGUGCUUGAAUUUCUGAACAUUUCACGAAACCAUAUUCAGACUCUCAACACCUCAGGAAGUGUCCUGAACCUCACAAAUUUGGAUGAUUUAAAAUACCUGGACAUGAGUUACAAUAAACUCAAAAGUUUACCUGAGGUUUUCUUUUCCAAUAUGGAAUCUCUUGAAGUCCUCAAUGUCAGUAACAACUGUAUCAGCUCGUUUUCUGUCACAUCUAAAGACAUUCUGCACAAGGUGAAGGUCAUCAAUUUAAGCCAUAAUUCUCUGCAGAGUUUGACUUUUGCAGAAAACUCCCUUCACUCCCUGAAAAAGCUCUUUUUACAGGGAAAUGAUCUUACUGUCCUAGACCAGCAAAUAUUUCAAAGAUUGCCAAGCAUCAAAUACCUGCAGCUCCAGCAGAACAAUCUGCAAAUCUGUAACAAUGAGCAAAACCAACAUGGGUUAAUGCUGAAGGACCAAAACCACCAAGAUCCAACUGGUUGUGUGUCAUUCUCAUCUGUUAACAACCUGCACUUCCUGUACCUCUCUGAAAAUAAUCUGAGGACCAUUCCUGCAAAAGCAUUUGUGAACACCCCUCUGAAAUUACUAGACUUGUCCCUAAAUCCAGGAUUAGACAUGCACAAGGACUCCUUGUUUGGCUUGGAGGAUUCACUAGUCCAUCUGCUGCUGAGGGAAAACAACAUGUCAAGCCUAAACACAGACCUGACCUCCCUGAAGAGCCUCAAACACGUUGACCUGUCCACCAACCAAUUGAACACGUUACCGACUUGGAACAAAGACUCUGCCAUCGAGUCAUUGAACCUGCAGAACAACAACCUGGUCACCCUAGAUCAAUCCACCAUCCUGGCCUUGGAGCGCUCCUUAAAGACCCUGUACAUGGGCUCCAACCCUCUGAGCUGCUGCGACAACCUGGGCUUCCUCCACACGGUGCAGCACUCCACAAUCGUUGUUCCUGACAUUGAGACCGUGACUUGUGUUCACGAGGAGUCUCCGGAGCCGGUGAACAUCGAGAAAUUGACCCGAGAAAUGUGUCACCAACCAGAUGCCCCAAACUACACGGCGGUGGUCUUGAUAACGUUGUUAGUUGUGAUUAUCCUGCUGGCGCUGCUGGUUAAAUGUUUUCGAUCAAGGAGACGGAAGCGCAGCAGAGGCUUUCAUGCAUAGCAAAAAUAAUCACAUUCAGAGUCAAAAUGUCACAUUUAAAUGUGAAUGUGUAAUCUGGAACUUUUCAGAGACUUUAUGGACUAUUUGAAGCUCUGGGUUUGGAUUACAAGUACAAAGAGCCAUCACGAGUUGACAAACACAGCUGACAAUCAGGCACAUCUCCUACAGGAAGUCGUGGUUGUGGAGUACAGCCUAAAUAACAAAAAGACAAGCCAAUGAAGGCCCUAGUUAUUGUUAUAUUUUCUUACAACAUAAGGCUGGACUUUUUGACUGAGUUUUAUGUCAGUUUCAUGCAGCUUUGUUUAAGGAACCCAAGGUUUCAACCCUCCUGUGCUCACUUCUUCAGGACUUUACACCACAGACCAGAAGCUGUCACCAGCACCAGUGCAGAGCUGUAAAGCCAAUAUUUUCAUGGGUGUUGCGUGAACAAAGAAAAGUCAUCUCUAUGCCUGAAGCAGCAGUGUUAAAUGAUUAUUUUUUGUAACGUGUUGCAUUCCUGAUAUUUAUUGAAUGUAGAACCAACACUAAACCACUUUGAGUAGACAGUAGCAUCAGGAGACCGGACUGAAGUACUCUUCUGCUGUCGCAAGUCAUAUUGUCAGAGACAUGUUCCAAGGAUCACAGAUGUAAAUUUAUACCAGUCUGCUAUCUAUAUGUGAAGUUUGUUGCAAAACUAAAACUUACUUUAAAACCUUCAGAAGCACCAAAAGGUUGGCUAAAUACAGAAAAUAAUCUAUAAAACCAAAGAAGUAUAGGAGUACAAACCUUUAAAUGUGUGAGUUGGUACUUAUGAUAAAAAUAUUGAAAUUAUCAACUCAUAAAUGCAGAUUUUGGCACCAUAAGGGACUUAGAGUAGUACUUAUUUUGUAAAAGUGGCUUUCCCAGAACUUCUUUGGUUGAAAUGGUCUCAAAUUUCAGGCAAACCACUUUGUCAUUGAGUCCCAAGUUUAUAAUUAUGGACUGGCUAUAAGGUAUCAAAGUCUUAAAAACCUCUUAAUCAUGCCAAUCUUAUAGAUUAAAGCAAUUUCAAUGAGUCACCAGAGAUGUUACCCCUCCCCUACAUGUUGCUGUGCAACAGGUGACUACUACAUAUUUGGUAGUGUUGAAAUUUUCCCAGUUGUGUAAAACUGUGAAUCAUGGUGUGGGAGUCAAAGAAUCCCUUUAAUCUGAGUUAAGUUGUUGAAGGUCCUUCAGAGGACGGGUGUUGCUAAUUAGCCAUGGCUAUAAAUACUGUAAUUCAGACAUCAGAUCGUUUUGAUCUGUCUUUCUUAUGUUGGUCCCUUCCAAAUAAACGGUAAAAUAAAAUAAAUUAGCCUGUUUCGCUGCAGUUAGCAUGGCUAGACCGAGCAGAUAGUCUGUUUAAUUAACCAACUAACAUUGGCUUGUGAUACUUCGUUGUGCUUUAAAGAGUAGAAAAACUGGAAGGGACAAUAAUCUUCUAAAAAACGGUGGGGGGUUUAUUUGAAAACAAGGUUUUCCACAUUAUUUAAACUUUCUCCUUAAGUGUACAUAGCAAAAUAAAAGACAUAAUGGAUAUUAGCAAUAGAUAACAUUAUCUGUUGCAAAUGAAAUCAGUUGAACAGUGUUGCACGUCUUUGUUUUGAAUUAUUUUGUGAAUGUCGUCAAAUCACACUAUUUAAAUUGGAGCUUAUCACUCUGUCCAAAAUCAGCCGCCAAGGGUUACUUGGGGACAGCUUUGAUUGGGUGGAACAUUUCAGAAAGCUUUAUUUAUGUAUGUAAACACACCACCUGCAGAGAUAUAACCAGUAAUGCCUCUAAGUUUGAGUCUUAGUUCUGGUCUUUUUGCAGAUUAAAGUUGAUCUUGGGUCUUCUUUAAAUACAGAUAAUUGACUGGUAUAUAUUUUCAUCUAGUGAGUUUCAGAGCUUAAACAAAGUAUCUGAGUUGAUCUUUUGAGAGCUAAAACCGACUGAUGGAGCUCUGUAUUGAGACUGAUUUCAGUGAAGAAAAAAUGAUUUGUUUUUUCAGCUAAAAGUGAAGAAAACACUUCUACACAAAACAAAAUGCUCUUUAGUUUUACAGAAGGGUUACAUGAAGGUGUUUUUCUAAAAUGGCAAUAUAUCCUCAGUGUAGUUUGCACUUUAAUCUUGUAUUUGUCUGGUUUUAUCUUUUGUGAUUGUAAACACUAAAACUAUGGUUUAUAUUCCAUCUAUGAGUGACGUAAUUUAUUUUGUUAAAUGUGUGACAUAAGAUUUUCUACAGCAUGUUGUUUGUGUUGAUGCCACACACCUGGUGCUCAUGUUAAUAAAAAUAUAAAAGUAUGUUUUUGGAUUCCUUUUUAACCAAUAACAUGGAUAAAUGUUAAACUAUAGGGGACAUUUAUUCUGCACCCAGAAUGCAU